AGAAGAAGCUUCCGCGAUCAGAGGCGAAACUACGCGCGGCGCGCCGACUUUGGUGCGCGGUGAGCUCGACGAAAUUCCGCCACGACCCGACCUCCCACGGAGAACCGAAGAGGCGAAAUCCCAGUAAUACAAUCCGACCGCCUCUCCCGACGCUUCUUCGUCCUCGUCGGCUCUUCCGAUUGCGCAAACCCUAACCCUAACCCUAACCCUAACCAUAGACCUAGAACUCGUCGGAUCCCAUCAUCCAUGGCCGAGUUCAAUCGAUACCCCUCCCACUCCUACGCUCCCUCCGCCCCGCCCAUGCCGCAACCCUACUCCUCCUCCUCCCAACCCCCCGCGGCGGAGCCGCCGCACCACUACCACCAACCUCCUCCUCCUCCUCCUCCUUCCUAUGCCCAUAGCUAUUCCUCUUCCUCCUAUCCUUCUUAUUCCCAGGGCUAUUCCUCUUCUUCUUCUUCUUUCUCCUCCUAUCCUUCUUAUACUCAGAGCUAUGCCUCCUCCUCCUAUUCUUGGGGCGGUGGCGGCGGAGGAGGGUACUUUCCUCCUGGGACGCACCCGGAGAUCAUUAGGAGCUUCGAGGCGGUCGAUCGGGACCGGAGCGGCUUCAUCGACGAGAAGGAGCUCCAGGAGGCGCUCUCCUCGGGGCACCACAAGUUUAGUAUAAGGACAAUUCGAUUGCUUAUGUUCCUCUUCAAGAAUCCCACUCACCCUACCAAAAUAGGACCUGCUGACUUUGCUGCUCUCUGGAAUUGCCUUGGUCAAUGGCGGGCCAUAUUUGACAGAUUUGAUAGAGACAGAAGCGGAAAAAUCGACUCAGAGGAAUUGAGAGAAGCACUUCGAAGUCUUGGAUAUGCAGUUCCACCUUCUGUUAUUGAGGUGCUUAUAUCCAAUUACACUGAUGGAAGGUCUGGCAGGGGGGGUCUCAACUUUGACAACUUUGUUGAAUGUGGGAUGAUUGUCAAGGGUUUGACUGAGAAGUUUAAGGAGAAAGAUGCUCGCUACAGCGGCUCGGCAACUUUUACAUAUGAUGCCUUCAUGUCGAUGGUCAUUCCCUUCAUUGUUCCUUAGAGAGAUUAGUCUUUUGUGUUAUGUCUGUAAAAUCUCGGUCCUUCUGUAAAUCCUGUUUUUUUAAUACCUGUUUUGACACAAUCACACAAUUUGUUCUUUUGUACAAUGUUCGCUUGGUUGAUAAAUGCAUGUGAUGUAUAGUUAGUUUCCUUAUGGCUGGAGUGGCUAUAUUGUUAGAUUUGUUUAUACGCUUCAAUGCCAGUAAUAUUAUUUCAUUUUGGUGCCUGUAUUA